CACAUCCUCGGCCAUAACAGGAAGACCAAGCUGAAGGAGUACUGCUGCUGGAUGUGUGUUUGACCUGCACUGAGGUGAAAAUGAAGCGCUCCCUGGGAAUCUGCCUGCUGGUGUUCUCCGCUCUCAUCGGACUCGGGACGGCGAUCCGCUGUUACACCUGCAAAGACUACACCGCCAGCUGCACCAAACAGGACUGUAGCUAUGAGAACGCAUGUCUCACGCUGAACGAAAGGGGUGGGAUGACCUACCGACAGUGUCUGAAGUAUUCAGACUGUGUGUACAGUCGACUGGGCCCGAUGUUCCCGCAGGCUUCCAACUUCACUUUUAAGUGCUGUGACUCGGACCUGUGUAACUCCGCCCCCUCCUCCGCAGCCAGCUCUCUGAUUGGCCUGCUGACCUCCUUGGCGGUCAUGUGGUGGUGUGUCCACUGAGGGCUCUCCGGCGCCGCCUGCAAUCACAGAUAACCACAGCAGCUUGCCUAACAACACAACACCGUGAGAACGUCGCACUCUGCUCCCCACACGAAAAACAGAAACGGAAACCAACUGACACAUUUCACUUUUUAACUCGAUUUGAAACCUUUAAUUCUGACACCUGAGGUCAGUUUUAACCCACAAUAAAGGUUCAAAACAGGAAA